AUGGCUCCCCCACAGUUAGGCGCAACAUUUGUCCCCAGCGGCUUCGAUGACUAUUACAUGCCAGAGGUCGUUGCUCCCGCCCCUCAAAGUUUCUAUUUCCCAAAUCCCCAUCCUCCUUGCCUUGAACGAUUUCAUAUAAAGCUUGCCAGCGCCGGAUGCGGUUGCAACGGUGAAAAGGUGGGGCGUGCUGACGAUUUCUUUGUUGUUGUUGUAUCUAGGGUAACCCCUCAGGUACCUCAAAAUAUGCAAGAGGACCUUCAACGCAUGGAGCUUGAGGCUACAUCUAUUGAACCACGAUCCCGAACCGAAUCAGGCCCUCGUCACUCCCGCGAGCCAUCGCUUUCGACUUACACCAAUCCUCGGGGAGCCGACCCGCCUCGGCCGCAGGUUGCUACACAAGUUUCAAACGACGACAUUCGAGCAUACCAGUCCACCGAUAAGAUCACCGAGAGUCUCGGCGCCAUGAGCUUCGACGCCCCCUCAUUUUCGCCAUUCCCCAAGGUCAAGGGCGAUAAUAUUCCCCCAACCGAUGAGGAAAAAGAAGAAAUACUCUGGAAUGCGCGCAAGCAUGUUCUUCACUCACAAAAUGUCUCCAUGCAAAUUACAUGGGCGCGCGACGUCCUUACUUGGGCCGAUAUUUCCCAGGAGUCCAUGAUUCGGGAGUAUGGUGAGAAGGCCCGUCCUGCUACGCCCCGCAUAGAACACGAACUCCGAGUCGAUGCUAUCAAUAUCAUCACAUACUUGUCGCAACAAGAGCACCCUGAAGCAUUAUACAUGCGGUCAAAAUGGCUCGAGUUUGGCAAGUUUGGCAAUCGCGUCGAUAAGCGUGAGGCUUAUAUUGGCUACAAGCGUGCUGCGGAGCUUGGGCAUGGAAGAUCCGAAUACCGCAUGGGUAUGUUGUAUGAGCAAUCCAACGACAUGUCCAAGGCCAAGGAGCACUACUACCGCGGUCUUUCCCUCAAAGACUCGGCUUCAUUGUACCGAAUGGGUAUGAUGAGUCUUUUGGGUCAACAUGGCGAGACUAAGGACUAUUCCACUGGCCUGGAACGGAUUAAUGCUGCGGCAGACAGCUCCGAUGAAGAUGCUCCCCAAGGUGCUUAUGUGUAUGGCAUGCUUAUAGGACGUGACCUACCAGAUAUAACCAUCCCUGACGGUCUACUGCCCAACACACCCUUGACCACCAAGAUGUAUAUUGAAAAGUCAGCAUAUCUGGGCUUUGCCAAGGCACAACUCAAGAUGGGACAGGCAUACGAACUUUGUCAGUUUGGAUGCGACUUUAACCCGUCCUUUUCCCUUCAUUACUACGGGCUUGCGGCUAAGCAAGGCCUGCCGGAGGCAGCCCUCGGCGUGAGUCGGUGGUUCCUUUUCGGCUAUGAGGGUGUUUUCAAAAAGAACGAGUCGCUGGCAUAUAAGUAUGCCCAAGAAGCUGCCGCUGCUAAGCUACCUACGGGAGAAUUCGCUUUAGGCUACUACAAUGAGAUAGGAAUUCAUGUCGACAAGAGCUUGGCGGAAGCCCGAAAAUGGUAUCAACUUGCCGCGGAUCACGGGAACCAGGACGCCCUGGGCCGACUUGAUUCUCUGGACGAGAACAGCACUUUGUCCAAGUCUGACCAUGAGACUACCACACUCACCCGUAUCAAAUCGCAACAUGGAUCUCAGCGAGGUAAACGCCCCGACCGCUUCAAGCAGCCAUCACAACAGAUGCCGACCCUCAGUGAGGGAAGUAACCCUGCCUCUCCCUCGCUUGACGGCCCAGGUUACCCGAAGCCACAGUCAGAUCCUCAUGGGGCAGCGUCCAACUCUCUUGGGAUGCGACCUACUAUCGUCUCGGAGCAAGUCAACUUCCCCGAUCCUUCGCGAGCUUCUUUCGUACUGCCAGCAGUGGCUUCAGCAGAUAGGCCUCCUGCUUUCAACGUACGGUUGGACGCCAACCAGCCUCCAGCCCGACCGCAAUCGGCGGCUCCUUACCCCGAAGACGAUCGACCACCGCCCCUCACAGUGCGUUCCAAAUCGACUGCCCCGUACCCCGAGGACGACACCCAGGCAGCAGGUUCUCAUUUCAACCAGGGCUCACGCAUGGGCCCUCCCUCAGAUCGCCCAUCAAGUGCAUUCGGCAUCAAGCCGCAGCCAGGAGCUGGCCCUCGGCCCAUGCCCCAGUCUCAAUCUUUGGGCAACUUGCAUCCCGGAGGCCCUGGAGGUCCUGGCCGCCCUGAUCCCCGUAACAGAGCUGCGUCUACAGGAUGGGAAGGGGGGCAACCAAGCCCUGGAGGACGUCCCUCCCCUUACCCAGAGGAUCAUGGAGCUCAAUACCCAGGCGGUCUCCAAAAGACACCCACUGGUGGCCAAUACUCACCGGGUCUGCAGAACCCGCAGUCCCAGAACUACGAGCGUUUCUCACGUGUGCCUGGAGCCAGUGGCCGCCCCGAUCGCAUGAGUUCUCUUCCUCAGAAUCAGCAACCCCAGUCUCCUCCGGCUAACGCGCGACCCCCACGUACCUCGAGUGCUCAACCCCCCAUGCUGUCAGGCGGUGCCGGGCCCGGCGGCAGACCCUCGCCGGGACCUUUUGGUGGACCUCAAGGAGGGCCCCAAGGGGGCUCAUUCGGUCCCCCGAGGACUGGGAGCGCACCCCCAUCACAGUUCCAGAGGCCAGAUAACAAGCCGAGCCCGGCUCCUAGUGCUUCAACUAUGCCCCCUUCGAAGGGUGGUAAACAAGGGCCAGCGACAUUUGAGGAUAUGGGUAUCCCUCAAGGAAAACAAGACAAUGAUUGUGUUGUCAUGUAG